UGUACUAUUCAGUGCGGACCAGUGAUUCAGCUGGGUUAGGUUGUUUGUUCACAAAAAGCUUUAUGGGGGCCUCAAGUAAACGAAGAGGCGGCGAUCAAAGGAAACGUGUUGUCGAAGCUACCUCUAAUGUACGACAAAAUAACAUCAAAAAUAAUGAUGUGGUCAGUAUUCCACAAGAUGAACCCUGGACUCCAGGAAGCCAUGCUGCUUUCAAAAUACUGAUGUCUGCACGCUUAUGUGCUGCCCUCUGGACCGGAAUUUCUGAUUGUGAUGAGACAUACAAUUACUGGGAACCUACGCACUACUUAUUGUUUAACAAAGGUUUCCAAACAUGGGAAUAUUCUCCAUCUUACGCUAUCCGUUCCUAUGCCUAUUUGACUCUACAUGCUUUUCCAAUGAAAAUCUAUGCUUUUAUCAAUGUAAAUAAGAUCUUUUUAUUUUAUUUCCUGAGAUGUAUCCUUGCUAUUGCAUGCUCUGUGACAGAGUUAUAUUUUUAUAAUGGAGUGUGUAAGCUGUUUGGUGCCAAAGUGGGACGUUUGAUGCUAUGGUUUAUGUUGUUUAGCACAGGGAUGUUCAUAUCCUGUUCAUCUUAUCUUCCCAGCAGUUUCUCUAUGUAUCUUAUUAUGGUUGCUAUGGGAGCCUGGUAUCAGAAGUCUUACCAUUUUGCUAUUUUGUCUGUUGCUGCUAGUGCCUUUAUUGGCUGGCCCUUUUCAGCAGUCCUUGGGAUACCCAUUGCUUGUGAUGUUCUCAUGAAAAAGAAAAUAAGUUACUUCAUCUACUGGUGUUUUGUUGCACUGCUUCUGUUUUUGCUCCCUGUGGUUGUUAUUGACAGUUAUUAUUAUGACAAAUUGGUUAUUGCUCCUUUGAAUAUCAUCCUUUAUAAUAUUUUCACUGAACACGGACCCGAUAUUUACGGAACAGAACCAUUUUCUUUCUAUUUUCUCAAUGGCUUCCUAAACUUUAAUAUUGCAUUUUUGUUGGCCCUCAUAUGUCUUCCAAUAGCAGUGAGUAUUUGCUUUUACACCCACUACACUCUCUGAGUGGUUGGCGUUAGGAAGGACAUUCCUUUGUGGCUGUCAAUGGGUCCCAUGUUUAUUUGGAUCAUCAUAUUCUUUACAAGACCUCAUAAGGAAGAACGUUUUCUUUAUCCAAUCUAUCCAUUUUUUGCCCUUGGUGCUGCUAUUUCAAUCACCUAUAUGGAGGACGUAUUGUCUUCAUUGUUCUCGUCCAAGAAGUCUUCAUCCUCUGACAGUUACCAUUUUCUCUCAGUAAUUUGUGCUGCAAUUUUCACUGUUCUUUCUGUUUCCAGAACUCUUCAGCUUUAUCAAGGUUAUCAUGGCCCAAUGGAUGUAUAUCUGGAGCUGAAUCAGAUUGCCAGUAAACCAGAAAUCCAUACUAUGUCCACAGAUAAACAAGUCAAUGUGUGUAUGGGUAAAGAAUGGUAUCGUUUCCCAAGCAGUUUUUUUCUUCCCCACGACAAUUGGCAUUUACGCUUCAUAAAGUCAGAGUUCAAAGGUCAGUUACCCAAACCCUAUUAUCAAGGACCCGAUUCAACUUCGACAAUCCCUUCACACAUGAAUGACAUGAACAUGGAAGAACCAACCCGCUACAUUAACAUAAGUAAGUGCCAUUAUUUGAUAGACCUGGAUGUGCCUACAGAAACCAAACUGGAACCAAGAUAUUCCAAAAAAACUCAGGAGUGGAAAAUUUUAGUGUCAUCAAAAUUUCUAUAUCCACAACUAUCCCACCGAAUAUUCCGAGCAUUCUACAUUCCGUUUAUUUCCAGUGAUUACUGUACAUAUCUCAACUAUAACUUGCUGAAAGCCAUACGUCCAACACGACCCAGUAGCAAUCGAGAACAUUUAUAGUUGGCCUCUUCAGAUGGUCUGCUCCCUCUCUCUCUUAUUCUCUCUCUUCACUAAUGCCCCUUUCUAGCCAGAGAACCAUUGAUUUUUCCAAACAAUCGUUAGUAAAUUACAAACCAAACUCUACAUCAUGUCUUACAGUAAUUAAUCUCUGUUCAAUAUUUAAGAGAUGAGAAAUUAUGUAAAUUUGACGGAUAUUUCUCUUCUUCUUGUUUGUUCUUAACACAACGUUUUGGCUGAUAUACCCUCCAGCCUUCAUCAGGUGACUUGGGGAAAUUUCGAACCUGGGUUCUCAUUCCUAACGUAUUUUUCCGAUGUUAUUUUUAUUAUUAUUCAGAUCACUGCCUGGUAUCAAACUCAGGCAUAUUGCGUAGUGGUUAAGAGCGUGGGCUACUAACCCCAAGAUUCCGAGUUCGAUUCCAGGCAGUGACCUGAUUAAUAAAUAAUGACAUCAGAAAAUACCUUAGGAAU